CACUAUCAUUUAGCAAUAUCAACUGGAUGGCAUCACCGAGCAACUAGAAGUAUUCCUACCAUCCGUGAGAUUGCUUGGUGUCGCCUCUCUCACACUCUCCUCCGAGGAGCUCAAUUCCCGCAAUGGCUGGCCUCGCAAGGGGCUUCUGCCUCCCCGGCCUCCGGCCCCUCCUUGCACCUCGUGCCGAGUCCGUCCUCCUCCGAUCCCGUUUCUUCAGUACCUCCGUCCUCCGAUUUGCUGGACCUGUUGUGAAAGCAGCUCGAACUCCUACGGCCUCGAGGGCUGCCGCUGCUGCCUCCGCUGCCCAAAUGGCACCUAGUCGAUACGCCUUCAUCAAGAGUCUCGCUUCAAAACCAACCCCAACCGUCCUCUACGAAGGUCCCUCACAUUUUUGGUUUUACUUUGGUUGCUGGUCGAGUGGGCUAUUUUUACUUGCUUGGACAGGAUCUACUACGCAUCUGGUAGUACAGCAGCCUGAAGGUGUACCGCAAUGGAUUGGUAUUGUGUUCGGAACAGCAUAUCUCCUGCUCGCUUCCAUGGGAACAUUCAUGAUCGCAAAAACUCCAAACAUUGUUGGACAGAUCCGCGUUCUUCCUUACCAGGCAUCCAAGAUCGCUCCCACCACACCAUUGCAGUUGGAAAUCACUGUUAAGAGAAUGGUCCCAUUUCUCAAACCCAAGGUCGUUGUCGCUCCGGUUAGCGAUAUUGCUCUCAAGACGCGCUUCUCGCUGCCAGACGAGUAUGUGCCUCAACUGAGGCGCAUAGAGUUGGAGGCGAAGGCGAAGGAGCAGCAAAAGGCCUUACAUGAGUUCGACAUGCAGCACAUCUUCACAAUGCCUUUUCGAAGAAUGGGUCGAGCCCUGGCAGCCAUGUUUGACGGUGUCAAAUCUGCGUGGACUGAUAUGGGCUUUGGUUUCAUCAUAGUUGACGGCAAGAACUACAAGGUGGACGUGACCAAGGGCUUUGCUCAUGACGGCUUCAGGACGUUAGAGAAGCUUGUGGAUAUCAAGUCAUGAGUCGCCUACCCUGGAGGAUCAUAGCGAAAACCUCAACCAAAACCCAUCAAGUCUUAUUCCAGAGUUGGGGUUGUCUCAUUAGCCUGUACUUUUAUUGUAUACAAUAUGUAUGAAGAACAUCUGAUGUAUGGGCCGAGCAUAUCAUAGUACUGUAUGACACCCUGAGAUACCAUUGGAUCACGAUGGAAGCGAGUAAGUUUAUACAAGUCGAGCACUCAUGAAAG